GAAACGUUGACAAUUAAUUUCGCAAAAAUGGGGUUUUUGCGUUAUAUACUUGGACCCAAACUAUAUAUGGAAUAUGGCAUGGGCAUGAAAAUGUAUGAGCCUAAUGGCCUGGAGAAAUUUGGUGACCAAAUAUUGUCGACGCUUAAUUUGGUAUGGAAUAUCGGCUUCUAUAGUUCUCCCAUAAUAGCGACACUGUUAUAUCGUCGUGGCUAUUUUGUCAUGGAUUCAAUAGCUACACUGGCAAAGCUAAGCACCAGCAUUGGUAUUAUUGUCGCUAUUUCAAUGGUAAUGAGAGGUUUGGGACGCUCACAAUCAGCGUCCUAUACGAAAAUGAUUAAGGCCAUGGAGAUGUUAAAGUCUCCCAAAACCGAGGAAGAAGGAAAGAGGGCACUGCGAUUGUUUGACUUUGAAUUUAAAAAUUGGGCAGUUGAUUUUGAUGUGAAAAAUAUACAAAGUGAUGAUAAGAAGAAAUGUCAGGCAUUGGCAAGGAACUCAACUCGCUCAUUUAGAUUUGCAACAUUACCCUGUGAAAUAGCCGCAUAUAUUGCUAUACAUACAUUCGGUAUUAAAAUGAUUUUCCCCGGUUCAGUUAAAUUGCUGCAAAGCUAUAUGAGACCAAUGUUGAUAUCGGGUCGUGCCAAAUUAAUUGAGGAAGAAAAUGGAAAACGUCAUAAAAUUCGUUCGAUUGAUUCCAAUGACAUUGAUACGAUUUUUGUAGACAAUCGUCAAAAGAGUCCAAAUGGAAAAACUCUUGUAAUAUGUUCAGAAGGUAAUGCUGGAUUUUACGAAAUUGGUAUUGUUGGAACACCAUUGGCAUUGAAUUACUCAAUCUUGGGAUGGAAUCAUCCGGGAUUUGAAGGUAGUACUGGUACACCAUUUCCCGAACAGGAUAAAAAUGCUAUAGAGGCCGUGGUACAAUUCGCUAUAUAUGAAUUGGGUUUCGCUGUUGAGGAUAUUAUAUUGUACGGUUGGAGUAUUGGAGGUUUUGCGUCCUUGUGGGCUGCAUCGUGCUUUCCCGAUGUAAAAGGAGUUAUAUUAGAUGCCACCUUCGAUGAUAUUUUAUAUUUGGCACAGCCACGAAUGCCUGAGAGUUUGGGUGGAGUUGUACGCAUUGCCAUACGUGAUUAUUGUAAUUUGAACAAUGCUGAGCUGGCUCAGAACUAUCAUGGACCCAUAAGUUUAAUUAGACGUACGGAAGACGAAGUUAUAGCAGAAGAUAAUCAACUUGAUACAAACCGAGGCAACUUUUUAGCUUUGAGUAUUUUGAAAUACCGUUAUCCGUUUAUAUUCCAAACACCACAAUUAAAUCGUUGCAAACAAAUACUUUCGAAACCAUUGGAAAUUCGAAACUCCACAGCAUCAGAUGAUGAUCUGUGUUUAACCCGACUAAUAACAUUCGCCUCUGAUCAGGGCAAGAAAUUCCCAAUGUCCAUAGGGGAAGAUUACACAGAUGAUGUUCGCCAUCAAAUGGCCGAAUUUUUGUUGCGUAAACAUUUCCGUGAUUUUAAGUCAUCACAUUGUACUCAACUACCUACUGAAUAUUUCAACAUUCCAUUUGACAUACCAGUAGAACAGGGUUUUGUAUUUACCUAA